AUGCGCGGACAGAUGUCCGGCGGCGACAGCACCCACUAUGCCCUGCCCGGCGUGGAUCAGUUGGCGCCCGACCUCAAGCGCAUCAUCGACGAGGCCCUUUUCGGCACCAUCUGGCGUCGCCCGGGACUGAACCUCCAGCAGCGCUGCAUCGCCACCAUUUCCGCCCUGAUGACCCAGGGAGAAUUGAACCUGCUGCGCCGUCACAUCGUGCGCGCGCUCAACGUCGGCCUCACUCCCAACCAGGUGGUCGAAAUUUUCAUCCAGUCGACGUUCUACAUCGGCGUCCCCGCCGUUGAGUCCGCGCUGCGGCUGACCAAGGACAUCUACGAAGAACUGGGCAUCGAGUAUGCACCGGCGGUGGAGUACGACACCAACCGGCACCCAGACGAGCUGCUGGCGCUGGGGCAGGAGAUACACCGGCGCCACAUGGGUGAUUCCCUGACCACCUACGAGGACGAAACCCCCGAGGGCCAACUGGAACGCAUUGUCGACGAAUACAACUGGGGCGGGAUCUACAGCCGCUCCAUGCUGGACGACAAAGAGCGGGCCAUCAUUUCACUGGCCGCACUCACCAGCAUGGGCGUGUACGACGCCCAGAUGCGCCGCCGCAUUCGCGGGGCCCUCGGCGUCGGCCUGACCUCGACAGAGGUGAUGGAAAUCUUCAUACACCUGUCCAUGUACGGUGGGUAUAUGAACACCCGCACCGCCAUGCGCAUUGCCCGCUCCGUAUUCAACGAGCUUGAGAUCGAGUAG